AUGAAGUCCCUUGUAGGACUCUGCGCCGCUAGGCGGCCGUGGGGUACUACGGUAGCCGUCAGAUUGGAGAAGCGCGCCUACGGGAAGCCUACCAAGCCAAGACAGGCACUCGGGGCCGCUAACUCACCACACGCCGCGAUAAACGAUACCGCUCCUUUGAAUCCGAAGCCGAUUCCAACGACAAAACGGAAGCCCGUCGAGGGAUUCCCAUUGUCCGGCAUGCCGACAGGCACGCUGCUCCGAUCUCUCCUCGUCACCACAAUCUCCUCCAACCGCCUCCUCCUCAUCCCCGCACUCAAAACCUUAUCCUUCCUCGCCAAGCCAGGCCGGACGAUACUCUUUGACGUCGGCCGCAACCCCAUCUUGCACAAGAUUCUACGAACGACGUUUUACGACCAGUUUUGCACCGGCGAGACGCCGCAGGAGACCAAGGCGUGCGUCCAGAGUCUCAAGGAUUUGGGCUUCAGGGGUGUGAUUCUCACGUACGCCAAAGAGACUGUCUUUGACCACUUGACGCAGUCCUCUAUUGAGCAUGGGAAGCUUGUUGGCGCGUCGGCGGACGGGUUUGAUGCAGACAUUGAGUCGUGGAAGAAGGGCACCCUCGAGACUGCUGCGCAGAUUGAGGAGGGUGACUACCUCGCCAUUAAGCAAGACGCCCGACUCUCAUGCAAUCUCGUCAUGCAAGACGCCUUGGAUGAGAUUGCGAUGAUAUGCAAGCAGCGGGGCAUCAAAAUCAUCGUCGACGCCGAGUCAACGCAUUUCCAAAAGACCAUUGACCAAAUGACGCUCGAGCUGAUGCGUCGCUUCAACACUGACGGUGUUGCUUCUAUUUAUAACACCUAUCAGGCCUACCUCAAACAUACGCCCGAUAAUAUCACGAACCACCUUGCCGAGGCUGCCAAGGACGGGUUCACUCUCGGACUCAAGCUGGUCAGGGGAGCCUAUAUCCUUUCUGACAACAGGUCCAUGAUUCACGACACAAAAAAGGACACCGAUGACGCGUACAACUAUAUUUCCCAGGGAGCUGUGAAACGCAACAUUGGCGAGUUUGGCGGCGAAGGAACUACAUCCAAACCGUUCCCCUCGGUAGAUCUGUUCCUGGCAAGCCACAACAAGGAGAGCCUCUUUGCCGCGUUAAAGCUGCACCAAGGCCGUAUCAAGAACGGCCUGCCGACCGUCCCUAUAUCCUUUGGUCAGCUCCACGGCAUGUCAGACCAGGUCAGCUUCUCCUUGCUGCAGACGAAGAGCGAGGGCAUGGAGAGCCCGAACGUGUUCAAGUGCUCCACUUGGGGCACGAUGAGCGAGUGCUUGGCGUAUUUGCUUCGCAGGGCUGUAGAGAACCGCGAUGCGGUGUUGAGGACGACGGAUGAGCAUACGGCUGUGAAGAGCGAGUGUUGGAGGCGGAUGAAGUCGGUGUUUGCGGCUUGA